GAAACAAUAAAAAUAUAUGUGCGUACAGUCGAGGCGUCUACGGCGUUUUUUUUUGUUUAUUAUCUAUAUAUUUAACCAGGCGUGCUUAAUUUUCUAGCGCCACUCACAAUCUGGCCGAUGAAUUGAUUAGUAUAGCUCUAAAACUAGAAAAAAAACUUCAUUAGCACUUUUUUUUUUCGAACGAUAUCUGCUUUGGAUUUUUGUACUAAUGGAACAUAAAGUACUGACUAUUAGCGUUCAGAAAAAAGAUGAAACUAAUAGUGGAAUAGGAGGAGGAGGAGGAGGAGAAGGAGGAAAAGGAGGUUCAAGCAUUCAAGAAAGAAGAAUGAAAGGUAAAUUCCAUGGUAUUGCUUUAAGAAUUCUUGCCAAAGUUAUGGCAGGAGAGAAGCUUGACGUAGAGGAAGAGAAGGAAGAAAAACGGAAGAUAACUUCCUCGUCACAAAAAAUUGAGAAUAUUUCACCGAAAUCGCCAAAAACUCCAAAAACACCUCUUACACCAAAACGAACUGAGUCCAGAAAACAAUUAUAUAGACGUAAAGGCGUAGAUUUUCGUAAUGUUGUACGAUUAGCAAGUAUGAAACACUUCAAUAGAGUUUUAGGUACAACAACAGAAAAAAAUGAAGUACUUGAAGAGGAUAGCCUGCCGAAGUUGCCUCCAAGACCUCGUUUUUCAGCCACUUUAUCACCGGAAGCUCAAUUAGUUACUUUAAUGUGUUAUGAGGAGGCGAUCAGUGAGAAAUUAUCAACAACUAAUAAUCAACCUAAGAAUGAGAAAAGAUUAUUAAAUAAAAGAUCAAGCAUUGACGAUCAGAGGAGACUUUUAGUCUCUUCAAGAGUAGAAAGAGCAAUGAGUUUACUUGAUAUAGCUAAAAAAGAGGAUACUAAAGUACUCAGACAUUUUAAAUCAUGGACUUUGGCAUGGAGUAAAGAUUUCGAAUAAAACUUUUCUCCCCAUUUCCUUUCUCAUUUAAUAUUAAAAUACCUAAAAAUUCUUUCUUAUCGUUUUUUUUUAAAUCAAAGAUUUUACCUUUCACAGAAAUCAUUUAAUAAUUUAUUGGUUUUAAAUAAAUAACAGUAAUGAUAAUAAGAGAGAAAAACUGCAAAGGGUUAUAAUCAUAAUUAAAUUAAAACUCUUAAUUAUAUUCAUCCUAAUCGACCGAUUAGAUAGGUGUUAGAAAAUUAUUAAAAAUCACAGAUACCCUUAUUGCCCUUAUUUGAAUAGCAAAAGAAAAAAAAACACAGGAUAUUAAUUUAAUAAAGUAAAAACUUUUAGCUGAUACAAAAGUGAUGAUGAGAUAAAAAGAAAAUGCGCGUGUAAGUUAGAAUUCAUUUGCUUCUUCCAUUUUUAGCUAUCUAUCAGUAUUUCUUCUCUCUUUUCUUUUAUUGUUCGUCCUUUUUUUUUCCUCUUGUACUAUUUUUUUAUUCCAUGAUGAAUUCGAAAAACUGCGCCGUUUUAAUCGAUUUGAAUGACUUCUAAGAAACGGAAGAGAGAAAGCUAAGCAGACUAGCAACGACGAUCUUGCAGUACCACCUCAAGAAUCUUUUCUAUAUUUUUUCUGUUGUCUAUAUUUUACCUUUUUUUCAUACAAACUCCAGUAAUUUUCAUUUACAAAAAUUCCUUUUUUCAUACAGAACAUUAGAAAAUUUUCCUUAAUGGCACCACAAUAGAAUUAAGAGCGAUAUUGUAAGAACAGUGUAUUAUGGAAAAGGCCAAAUCUUUAAAUACUUUAAAUUAGAUUAAAAAAAUAAGAAAAAGUAAUGAGAAAACGAGAUCGAUUGAAAGAAAUUAAGAAGAAAAAUCCUUGAAGAGUUCAUUAUGUAAAUUAGUUGUACAAAAUCAUUAAUUUUCAACUUCUAUUCUAAUAUUAUGUAAAAAUUACGUUAGAUAAACAGUCUAUUUGCAUAUUUAAUGAAAAUGUGAUAGGAAGAAAUAUUAUCAAGCUUUUUUAAAAUACUAUCGGAUGUAUUUUAUUAAUGUGUCUACUAUAACUCGACAGAUGAUAGUAGUUGUUGUGAGUAUCUAGUUUGUUGACAAUUGACCGUUGAAGGUUACUUUUCCAGAAACAGUCUCGUUUACUCUAUCCAAUUCAAAAUCAAGUUUUAUACUAAUAAAACAGUAAAUCUAUUCUAGAACAAAAGGCUAAAAAUAUCGCAAACAAUUAAUGACCUUUUCUAGGUUCUUUUUUUUACGUCCACUACUUAGCCUAUUACAUAAUGCAAAGUAUAACAUGUUACAAAAAAACACACUAUCGACAUCUAUUGGAAGUCCUAUACUAGAAUUAAUAUAAUUAUUAUUCUAGACAGGUCAAACUAAAGUCCAGAGAGAAUGUUGUGUCAUGUUUUGUAAAGAAUAAUGUAUAAUAAUCUUUAACAAAUCUCCCAAUGGCUUUUUCUAAAUUAUCAUUAGUUUACCAAGAGAGAAUAAAACAUCAAAAGAUAGAUCAUUUUAGAAAAAUUUUUUCUUCUUUUUUGUAACGGAUAUUGUAAUUUCAUGGUUUUAACAAUUGUUGCAAUUUUAUCGAUUACUUUACUUAUUGUCCUUAUCCUAUUCUCUUUAUUCAAAAGUGUCUGACUAUUUAUAUAAUCAUAUUCGUCUUUUUUUUUCAAAUGUAACAACUCUAGUAAACCAAAUAUAUAGAGCUAAUAAACAAAAAAACAUACAUUUUGAUAUAAUAGACACAAAAAAUCCCCAGUGAAAAAGUUACUUUUAAAUUGAAGGAAGAUUGAUUUCCUUAUGAUCGAUUCCAUUGACUUAUAAUUUC